AUGCUCAGACAACCACCACGCACUGUGGCACAGGCGACUGCAGUGGAUGAACCACACACGACGGCUACGGAUACUGUGCGCGAAGAUACCAACACGCAGAAGGAAGCCAUGUUUGACAAACCCGGAGGACACGCGCGUGAGCUGAACAAAUUUUGGAAAGCGAACGGCACAGGCAUGCCAGAAGCAGCACAGGCGACAGCCACCAAACGCGAGGCGAUGAUGCGUAGCAUGGAGGCAGACAGACACAAGCACACACACGCCACCAAAGGACCCGCGUUGUCAUGGCGACAGAAGGCACUAGCCCGCUUGAAGUCAAAGGAUAGUCAAUCACAAAUCGACAGUGGUCGGACGGACACAACUGUGGAAUCAGACACUGGACAGGCCGUAAUCAUGGCAACGCAUUCUGCAAAUGAAAGUAGUGUGUCGAAUGCCAAUGAACUUGCAACGUCGAUGUCCAACUCACUCAGAAAUCGUAUGCGAGCCACAGUAAGGAAGGUUAGUGAAGCGACAGCGGACCAUUCCGACACACUGAAAUCCACCGAAGACAACACCACAGAAUCACAAUCAACCGAAACGCCCGCAGAGCAGCCAGUUGAACCUGAGAUGUUCAAGAAGGUUAGUGAAUGCGUAUGA